CUGAUUCUUGAGGCCUAGGAAGUUGCUCCCAAAAGAAUUCAGAGACCUGACAAUGUCUCUGUAUUGUGGAAUUGUUUGCAGGAGAAAAUCGUUUUGGUGGCAUAGGCUGCUGUCCACCUAUGUUACUAAGACACGAUGGAAUGGGAGUUACUGAGGAUAUGGUAUUUGCUCUUUCUCUGCAAUAAUAAAGUCUGUGCCCAUCUCCAGGUAUUUAUGUGAACUGAAGGAAGAUGAUGAUGCGUGUAAAAAAGCCCAGCAGACGGGAGCGUUUUACCUCUUUCACAGCUUGGCUCCUUUGAUUCAGUCUUCAGCACAUCAAUAUUGGCCCCCCCGGUAUAGCCUAUUAGAGUUGGAAAUGCUCCUGGAUAAAUUUGGACAGAAUGCACAAAGAGUAGAAGAUUCUGUGCUGAUUGGAUGCUCUGAACAGCAAGAAGCAUGGUUUGCCCUGGAUCUAGGUCUGGAUAACUCCUCUUCUAUAAGUGCCUCACAGAAAUCUGACAUGGAGACAGAGCUCAAGGGGUCUUUCACUGGGAUGAGAAAGGCUCUCUUUCAGCUGAAUAAGAAGGAUGCCUUCUUGAUGUUCACGGCUCAGGCUCUUCUCCGUUGGCAUGAUGCUCAUCAGUUCUGCAGCAAAAGUGGGCAGCCCACCAAGAAGAACAUGGCUGGCAGCAAACGCGUGUGCCCUUCCAACAAUAUCAUCUAUUACCCACAGAUGGCUCCUGUGGUGAUCAUUCUGGUGUCAGAUGGGACGCGAUGCCUGCUUGCACGCCAGAGCUCCUUUCCCAAGGGAUUGUAUUCUGCCUUGUCAGGUUUUUGUGAUAUAGGUGAAAGUCUGGAAGAGACUAUCCGGCGGGAAGUUGCAGAAGAGGUGGGAUUGGAGGUAGAAAAACUGCAGUACGCUGCGUCCCAGCACUGGCCCUUUCCUGAUAGCUCACUCAUGAUUGCUUGUCAUGCAACUGUGAAACCAGGGCAGACAGAGAUCCAGGUGAACUUAAGAGAAUUAGAGGCAGCUGCCUGGUUCAGUCAUGAUGAAGUGGCCUCAGCCUUCAGGAGAAAGGGCCCCUAUACUCAGCAACAGAAUGGGACUUUCCCAUUCUGGCUGCCUCCUAAGGUCACCAUUACCCACUGGCUGAUUAAGGAAUGGGUGGAAAAACAGACCUGUUCUUCCCUGCCUGCUUAGCUCAGAUCAAGUAACUUAGAUCCCUCCAUGGUAUCCCUAAAAGGACAUCCCUGAAGGAUCAUACCAGAGACCAAUUGACAGAGGGGAAGUGACAAAAGGCCAGCUCCAGGCCAACUUUUUAAGACAGAGCAGAUGGUGAACCUGCAGUAAGACACCUCUAUCAGUAAUGUUGAUGAAGAAGUUCCUGUUAAUGGGCAUCAGAAGUGCCAGUGUGAGAAGAAAAACUGAUGUCAACUGUCAAAAUCAGAGGGAAAGGUGAAACAUUCAUUUGGAGGUUCACCCAUUUUUUCCAAGGCCUUGGAAGCAAACAUCUUCUGGUAUAUGGCUUGUUAAUGUUGUGUUUACACUGAUUGCCAAAAUGUGUCUGGUGUAAUUUUGGUUAAAACUUUUAUCUUAGUAUUGAGUAUUUAGUAUUAAUUAGAGAAUUAGAGAAUUAAGAAAAAUAGCACAAUAACAUUUUUG